AUGAGCAUUGGUACGACUUUGGCAUCAGUUUUUGCUCGCGAUUUAGAUAUCGGAUUGAAUGGUGAAAUUGAUUAUUCACUUGGGGAAGAGCCAGGUGCUGAGCUACUUGAAAUUCACCGUUCGACAGGGGUUAUUCAAACAGCUAAGCAUCUGGAUCGAGAAUUAAUGAGUCUUAUUAGAGUACAUGUUUAUGCAACCGACAAAGGUGUACCGUCAAUGAGUUCAAGUGCCAUUCUCGAAAUCAUUUUAAUUGAUGUGAACGAUAAUACACCUGUUUUUGAUCAGGAAUUUUAUAAUAUCACAAUAAUGGAAAAUAUUACAAUUCCAUCGGCCAUAUUUCAAGUGAAAGCAGUGGACAAAGAUUCUGGACAAAAUGGGAAAGUGCAUUACAGCAUAGUAGCAUCUAGUGCAAAUGGUUUUUCUAUAGAUUACGAAAAUGGCUGGAUAAAAUUGCAUCAAAAUCUAGAUUCACGACCAAAUCCAGUAAUACUUUUAGUGCGCGCUAAAGAUUCUGGUCAGCCUGCUCAGUCCUCAACAGUAAACUGCGCCAUACAUAUCGUUGAUAUCAAUGAUCAUGCUCCACACUUUGUUGCAUCACAGCAAGAAUUAUUUGUAGAAGAAAAUGUACCAAUAGGUCAUGAAGUGACUCGUGUUUUUGCUAUCGACAAGGACAACGGAGUGAACGGUCUUAUUAGUUAUGAAUUAGAGGGAGAUGAUGGUGUUAAUGAAACCUUCCGAAUCGAUCGCAGCACAGGGACUAUUACAACUAAAGACAAGCUUGAUCGCGAAACAAAAGAGAAAUAUUUACUUAGAGUGAAAGCAGAAGAUGGAGGAGAUCCACCUCUUUCUGGCACCUUAUUGAUCUCAAUAGCUGUUCGUGAUAGCAAUGAUAAUGCACCUUAUUUUGAAACUGAUUUUUACAAUAUUACUGUACCAGAAACUGAAACCCUUGGUACACCAUUAAUUACUGUGAAGGCUGUUGAUCGAGAUAGCGAACAAAAGAUGGUAUAUCGUAUCGAGCAAGCUGAUAGAGAUAUCUUUUCAAUUAUUUAUUCAGUUGAUAAGGGAGCCACAUUAUUGUUGUCAAAAGAAAUCAGCGACUCAGAUAACAUGAUACGUGUUGUGAUAGGGGCCAUUGACCAAGGUGGCUUGAUAGGUACUUGUACUAUAAUUAUUACUAUUACCGAUGUUAAUACCGCGCCGGUAUUUCUUAGGCAUCCAUUUACUAUACAUAUUCUGGAAAGUGUGCCAGUUGGAACUAAUGUGAUACAACUGAAAGCAGAAGACCAUGAUCGAGAUCUUAAUGCAGUGCUUUCUUAUUCCAUUGAUAAUGAUCAGUUUGCUAUCAAAGCAGACACCGGUUUAAUAACCGUAGCUGAGGAAUUGGAUCGUGAGAAACGCAGCAGUUAUUUUCUUAAUAUCACUGUUACUGAUCAUGCUGUUAAUCCAUUAACUGCUAGUACCUAUUUGGAAAUUAUCUUAGAUGAUGCAAACGAUAACAUCCCGCAAUUUGCAUCGGAAAGUUAUACAGUUUAUGUAUCUGAAGAUACUCCAAUUGGAACAUCAUUUGCUCAGGUAGUAGCUGUAGAUGUAGAUGAAGGUGAUAAUGCAAUCAUUGACUAUUAUCUGGUGGAAGAAGACAGUCAUCAUGGUACUUUCAAAUUAGAUCGUUCAUCAGGAACGCUACGAGUAAUUAGCAAGUUGGAUCGUGAAACUGUCUCUAAGUAUCAUCUAACAGUAAAAGCCCAAGAUCGUGGUAGUCCGUCACUGUCGUCAUUUUGCACUGUCUUUGUGACUGUCAUGGAUAUAAACGAUUGUGCACCUGAGUUUGAAUUUGCUCAUUAUGAUCUUUGGAUAGCUGAAAAUAGUCCAGUGGGUUCCACAGUUGGCACCAUUAUUGCUCGUGAUCGGGAUGAAGAUGACAAUGCACGAAUACAAUUUCGAAUAUUUGGUGGCGCUGAUGCUAAACUUUUCGACAUCGAAACGGAUCUGAGUCAAAAUGGCGUCGUGCAUAUUCUAUCGCGAGCGAUUUUUGAUUAUGAAGCCAAAAAAAAUCAUUUUUUUCUAGAAAUUCAAGCAAGCAGUGGUCAGCUCAGUUCUAUCGCACCAGUUUAUGUUCACGUUAGUGAUAUCAAUGACAACAAACCGCAACUUCGAGACUUUACUGUUUUGUAUGCAAAUCAUAUUCACGAACCUGUGAAGCGAGAAAUUGGAACUGUUCCAGCUUUUGAUCCGGACCACAAUGCUACUUUGGAGUUCAGCAUUGAACAAAAUGAUGUUUUGGUGGUAGAUCAAUCUACUGGAUCUAUUUCACUCAAAAAUGUUUGGAAGAGAUACAUAAAUGUUAUGUAUAACAUCUGUGUUUCUGAUGGGCCAAGUACUGUAUGUGCAAAGUGUCGUCUCAUCUAUAUACCUGUUGAUGAUUCUCUAAUGCGAGAUACAGUCACCUUAGGAUUACCUAACACUCGUUUUGAAGAACUUCUUGAUUAUGAUAGAUUUGAACGAUUUACAAGUGCCAUCGCGCUUUUCGAUAACUGGUACAGUGAUGAUAUUUGGGUUUUUAGCGUGCAAACUUAUGAGGAAUAUACGAAUGUGUCAUUUAUUGUUUCUCAUGCAAAUACUAUACAGAGAUCAGAACGAGUAGAAAGUUUAAUCCAGAAUGGACUGGCUAAAUUAAGCGAUAUAAUAGGCAUGAAAGUAUUAAUACACAGAGAUGCCACUUGUCUUAACGAACCGUGUCCUUAUUUUCAAAUGUGUCGAAAUACACGAAAGUACUUAAAAAUCACAAAGAGUUUCAAAACAGAUACUUUCGUCAUGCAUUCAUUGGACACCGUUAGUUCAUUUCAAUGUGAAUGCCCUACUGGUUUUAUAAGAACUAUUCCAGGUAGCGAUGGGAUCGAAGAAUUAUGUGAUCGUCGCCUUGAUAUGUGCUUCACGUCACCAUGCCAACAUGGUGGUAUUUGCAUACCUUUGGAAAACAGUUAUUAUUGUGAGUGCCCAGAGCAGUGGACAGGGAAAAAUUGUGAAAAAUCGAUUUAUGUGGAUAACUGCGUGCCGGAUUCAUGUUUUUCUAAUUCCGUAUGUAAAUUAAAAAAUCGAACCGCAGAAUGCACGCAUUGUCGGUGGCAGGCGCAUGACACGGAUUUAAAAUGUAGAUUACGUUCUAUUUCAUUUGGAGAACAAGGUGGAUAUAUCGCUUUGCCCGUUCAGAUUACUCGAAUUCAGUGGAAAUUGCAGUUCAGCAUAGCUACAGUUAAUUUUAAUGGGAUGCUUCUUUUUACCGGCAAUUUAUCAUCGGAUUUCUUGGAGAUACUACUUGAAGAUGCGCUUGUUCAAGGGCGAUUUUCUCUAGGUCAUGACAUUUACAAGUUUGCAAUGCCAGAAUGGCCAGAAAAUAAAGUAAGCGAUGGGAACUGGCACAAAAUAACUAUUGAUUAUUACGAAAGUAAAUUAGUUGUAUCUCUGGAUGAUUGCGAUACUCACAUUGCUUUGAAACAUAGCAAUUUCACAGGUUAUCGGAAAUGUGCCACUGAAGUCACGGCAGAGUUACCAGAAAAGUUCGUGAUGUGA